AUGUGGGCUCUGGUGACUGUGGUAUCUCUGUUCUUCCUGGGCGUCCAGGCUCAUUGGACCUACUCAGGGGAAGGGCUAACAGAAGACCAAUGGUAUCAGGAGUACCCGGCCUGUGGGGGGCGGAAGCAGUCGCCUAUCGACCUGGUGAGGGAGGAGGUGAAGUUCAACCCGUCCUUGAAGAGGCUGAACCUGACUGGCUACGGGGAGGAGGGGCUGGAGUUCUCCAUGACUAACAAUGGCCACACAGUGCAGAUCACCCUGCCUCACACCAUGUACAUGACAGACUCUGAGGGCAAUCUGUACAGAUCAGAGCAAUUGCACUUUCACUGGGGUGGAGGCCCCUCAGGAAUCAGCGGCUCCGAGCACACUGUUGAUGGGAUCAGGCGUGUGAUGGAGAUUCACUUUGUUAACUACAAUGACAAGUACGGAAGCUUCAAGGAAGCUCAGAGUCAACCCGAUGGUUUGGCUGUAAUUGCAAUCUUUGUUGAGAUUGAUCAGUAUGCCGAAAAUACUUACUACAGCUCCUUCAUUUUUGAGUUGUCCAACAUCAAGCAUCCAGGACAAACCACAACUCUGAAAGACACUACCAUUCAGAAAAUGUUGCCUAGAGACACGCACAACUAUUACACCUACGAAGGCUCGCUCACCACUCCACCCUGCACAGAGAAUGUCAAGUGGUUUGUGUUUCAAGACUCUGUCAAGCUCUCUAAGACCCAGGUUGAGAGGAUAGAGAAUGCUAUUCAGAAUCACCACAAUGAGACCCUUCAUGAUGGCUACCGAAAGACCCAGCCCCUCAACCACAGAGUAGUGGAGGUCAACUUCCCAUUUCCUGAUAAGUGUAAGUGA